AUGAGAGCGGUUGAGACAAUUUCGUUGGCAUUUGUCGCCUGUGUCCUUCAUAAAACUUUUGGUCACGAUCGUGGAAAUGUCGCAAUGAGUCCAGUGAAUGGGAUGAAACUUUUGUCGCGUUCACCGAGAACUCUGCUUUAUCCGAACCCUUCAACUCUACUGUUAAUUUUUGGAAUAGGUACUCCAUUGCAAUUAGACAGGGAGAGUGUAAUUGUCGGUGCAUUCACAAAGAUAGUGUACACAUUACCUCAGAAUUCCACGGAUUUUACAGAACCAGGAGUGCAAUUUGAGAGAAAUGGUCAAACUCGUUGGAGUAUCUACAAAAUAUUAACGAAUGCUGCUAAUUAUUACGGUUUCGGUGGAAAGUCCUGCCUGCUGAGGGCAAUAUGCGAGGUGGCUGCUGCCCCAUUUGACCUCCGUCACGGCCUUUUCGGUCAGAUAAUUCAAGCCUUGCUCACGCCUUCAAGUACCAUCGAGCCAUACGACGAGCACGAGGAUCGCGAAUACCAUGCAGCUGAAAGACUCGGUAAGCACGUGGGCGAAAACUGCCACGCCCUUUAUCCAGAAUGCGGUAGAAGCGCCCUAGACGUAUUUUCCACCAUAGGAUAG